GUCUUCUCCUAGUAACACUGGGGACCCAACAUUUUAAAUAGAUACGUAACAUGUGACUACGCAGGGAAAAAACUGUAUUGAUUUUACUCGGUGGCUGUAUAGAGCCGAUUUCUAUAGCACACUAAGUCGAGUGCUGCUAGAUUUCAUGUAAGGGGCAGAUUUUAACGUUUUACUUUAAACUGGCUAGAGAAGGACCUCUGUAAGAUUCUGACAAAGUGUUAAUUCUGCUCACGCAAAUAGAAUUCGCUCCAUUUGGUGAAGCAAAGCGACAGUUUGUAAAUUUCACUGACGGGCUUUAAUGUGGAGACGGUACAUGAAAAGAAAUUCUUCUCGCAAUAAUUCAUCCAACUUGCCGAGGAUCGCAUAAGUGUUUGCCCAGCUGUGUCCCUAGUAUCAGCAGAGUGCCUGCUCCUCCUCCUCUUCAGCAGCCACAGUAGCUCUGGAUCGCUAAGCCGUGUCCCCAGUAUCAGCAGAGGGCCUCCUCCUUUGUCAGCCACAGUAGCAUUGGAUCCCUACUACAGUAACACACAGCUGUUAUUACAACAAGCUGACUUAUUACACCAAGCUGACUUAGUGUUACACUGCUAAAACACAGAUAAAUCUGCACCAACUAAACAUCCUCGUUACAGCUGAUUUGAUCUGAGGAACUGGUCUGGGUGAAAGGUAACGACCACUCAACCCAGACCUCCAAUCAGGCUAGCCAACACGGCAAGAAUUUCAUCCUCCAGGUUUUUUCAUCAGUUGAGUUGACUGUGUCCCACCAGGAGAUUGGACCCUGCAUAUCACUAGUGUGGUGUGAGUGAUAUCUCUCUGCCUUUUGUUGUCUCCUCAGUUGCCACAGAUUCAGAAGCAAAAAAGUCCUCAGAAAAAAUAAUAUGGCUGAGCAAGGAGGGACUUACACAGAGCCAAUGGUAGACCAGGUGGACCAUAACGACCCAGCCUCUAAAAACAAAUUUAAGGCUAACUUCAACAGAUUCAGGAAAAGUAACGUAGGGAAACGCUUUAAAAAGGCAGGAUCAUGGGGAAAGGACAACCUCCUACUUAUCCUAACUAUAGCUGGAGUGUGUAUGGGUCUCAUCCUCGGAUUUGCACUCAGAGUUGUAGAACCUUCCGAUCAAGCAAAGAUGCUGAUUGCAUUCCCCGGAGACAUCUUGAUGAGGAUGCUGAAAAUGUUGAUUUUUCCUCUCAUCGUGUCAUGCAUGAUCACAGGUUUAGCAUCGAUUGAUGCCAAGUCGAGUGGUCGUAUGGGUCUACGUGCCAUCAUUUACUACUUCGGCACAACCUUUACUGCCAUCAUCUUAGGUAUCAUCCUGGUCGUGUCCAUCCACCCUGGAGACAAGAACCUCAUGCCUCCAAAAGAGGAUGGACCGUCUAAGGGAGAUGACAGGGUCAGCUCUCUUGACGCAUUUCUAGACCUCAUCAGAAACGUUUUUCCAACCAAUUUGAUACAGGCCAGCUUUGCUCACCAACGUACAAAAUACAUAGAUGUGAACAAAAAUGUGAACCAGUCGUUACUGGUACGAACAUCAGAUCUUGUUCAACUCAACAUUUCAAAGGAACAUGUCAACAAAACUCUGGCCAUGUCGCUGAAUGCAGCCAUUGUUAAUAUCACUGACAAAAAUCUCUCAGAUUAUUCGGAAGUAAGCGUGAGAAUGUCAAAGGUUUUUGUAGAGAGGCAGCUACCCUUCAACAACGGCAUCAAUGUUCUGGGAAUCAUUACUUUCUGCACUGCGUUUGGUAUGAUGCUGAGUAAGAUGGGAAAGCGUGCCAACUUAAUGGUGGAUUUCUUCCUCAUCCUUAAUGAUAUUAUCAUGCAGAUGGUUGUACUAGUCAUGUGGUAUUCUCCUAUUGGUAUCAUGUUCCUGAUCAUCGGUAAAAUCCUGUACAUCGAUGACCCGGGGGCAGUAGGGGCCAGACUGGGCAUGUACAUGGUGACGGUGCUGACUGGUCUGUUCAUCCAUGCGGUCAUCACCCUGCCAGCAUUGUACUUUAUUGUGACCAGGAAGAACCCCCUGUUACUAUUCAAGGCCGUUCUACAGGCGUGGGUCACAGCCCUCGGUACUGCUUCCAGCUCUGCCACCCUGCCUGUCACCUUCAGAUGUCUGGAGGAGAAUAUGGGUAUCGACAAACGUGUGACCCGCUUUGUGUUGCCCAUCGGCGCGACAAUCAAUAUGGACGGUACAGCCCUGUACGAAGCUGUUGCCCCGAUAUUCAUCGCACAGAUGAAUGGCAUUGAUCUGGGUAUUGGCCAAAUUAUAACCAUCAGUCUGACAGCCACCUGUGCCAGUAUAGGUGCUGCAAGUAUACCGAGUGCUGGUCUUGUUACCAUGCUGAUGGUUCUUACCUCCGUCGGUCUGCCAACAGACGAUAUCUCCCUCAUUCUCGCAGUGGAUUGGUUCCUGGAUAGAAUCAGAACCUCCAUCAACGUGCUGGGUGACAGUUACGGUGCAGCCAUUGUGGCUCAUCUCUCGUCCAAGGAACUGGCUGAACUUGACGAACAGGAAGCUGCUCUGGCCCUCGAAGGAGGUGAACUUGAACUGCAGGACCUGGAGGAUGGUACUACGAUACAUCCUCCACCUAAUGGACCUGCCACGGACAAGUCCAUGUACCCCGAAGUCAGUUAAUCACGAGGCAGCUAGGCGAUAUGGAAAUAUUGUAGUCAUGUUGUUGUCACUCAGUAUUACAUGUAAAGACAUAGAUAUUUGGCCUGACUAAUCAGUCCUGAAUACUAGAAACUCAAUUGAAAGAUGUCUUGUGUGGUUUUCAUAGAUAGAAAUGAUGUUUGAUACCAAAUGACAAGUCAGCAGACAGAUCACCAGAUGGGUCAAUUGACCAGAUCAACUUAAUAUUAACAGUUUCUGAUGUUAGAUCACUUCAUUUAUCUUGAUUGACCUAUACAAGUAAUAAACACUUACAGCCCCAUGUUCCUGAAAUCAUGAUAUAUGUCGGUCUAUGGGCUCCUUUUUAAAUAACUGAU